UUGCUGCGCUUGCGCACAUCUCAGUCCUCUCGGUUCCAGAACGUUGAUUUGUCCUCGUGUCCGCCCCGGUGCGCGUGCAUGGAUCUCACCUCCAUAAUGGGAGGUGCUCGAGGUUCCCGCUCAGAACGUCGGUCCGAGGGCUCUACCGUAACCAUUGAUGCUCACUAUGACUUUUUGAGGGAACCAUUUUGACUGGAUUUCUGUAUUUCACUACCUGAAGUGGGGACGAUGUUUUCGUCGGUGAGUAAACGUUGUUUUAUGAUAGAAUCAUUGGUGGCCAAAGAAAACUCUCAAACAACGGAAGAUCCCAUCCGACCGACGGCCCUGACUUAUUCAAACUCCACUGACGCUUUCAUGAGCGGGUACCAGAGUCCCACCGGCAGGUCUCUGUAUCAGAACCCGGAGCUGGUGUUCCAUGAGUCGGUCAACCACCCCGGGCUGACCAUGAACCCCCACCAGCUAGGAGGGGGCCACCUACAACACCCUGCACACUUCUUUGGGACACAACACCGAGACCCUCUCAACUUCUACCCAUGGGAUUUACGAAACAGGUUAUUCGGAUACAAAUUUCAAGGAAACGAUGUUUCCCAAGAAAGCCUGCUACUCCACCGCCCAUUCGCCCGAAAACCCAAGCGCAUCCGCACCGGCUUCUCCCCGUCGCAGCUCCUGCGGCUUGAGCGGGCGUUCGAGAAUAAUCAUUACAUAGUAGGAGCCGAGAGGAAACAGCUGGCCAACCGUCUCAGUCUGUCUGAAACACAGGUGAAGGUGUGGUUCCAGAACAGGAGGACCAAAUACAAGAGACAGAAGCUGGAGGAGGAGGGGCCUGACUGUCAUCAGAAGAAGAAAGGAAACCACCACAUCCACAGAUGGAGGCUUGUCACAAAGCACGGCAGCUCCGAGGACAUCGACGUUGGACUGGACUAAGACCCCCCCCUGGACGCCCCUGUCCCCCCCCCAACCCCUGGCCUGUGUCCCCUUUUGGAACACAAGAGGACCAAAGUUAAUGCUAGUUAUUAUGUGAAGUUAUGAAGUAUAAUGACAUGUUACAAGAAAAAACAAAACUUUAUGGUACUUGACUUGCAUCCAUCCAACAUCAUGAUCUCAUGUCUGAUCUCUUAUUGGAGGUGUUCAUGCUAUAUUACACAGCUUCUAUGAUCUCUGUAGGUGGUGUUCCAUCCUACAGCUUCUCUGAUCUAUAUAGGUGGUGUUCCAUCCUACAGCGUCUCUGAUCUAUAUAGGCGGUGUUUCAUCCUACAGCUUCUCUGAUCUAUAUAGGUGGUGUUCCAUCCUGCAGCUUCUAUGAUCUCUGUAGGUGGUGUUCCAUCCUACAGCU